AUCGUGCCAGUUACUGGUGCUAUAUACUCCAAUGGCCAAGAAAAACCAAGCUCCAGAUGGAGCUUUGAAAUAGGGCUGAAUUUAACCGAGGAUAAAUUUCUAUCAACUGUUUUGAAGCGCUUGGAGAAAGGUUAUGGAAUCAAGGACAAAUGUGCCGCCUUGAACAUUACAAAGUUCAAGCUUCAGGCUUCAGCGAAAGACUUUACACCGAUAUUGCCCGAGUGGCCUAAAGGCAGGAUUUUUUCGGUGUGCGACAAACGCAGACUGCAGACUUGCAGACUCGAAGAUUUGCAGACCCACAUUUUUUGUGACGGGGCUUUGCUCUGUUUACUGUUGGCGAAUCGCAAAGUAUGUCUGAGGCAAACAGCAGCGCUAGCGGGCUGCAAGCACGACAGUGCCCGAUUCGACAGGUGACUGGAAAUCCUUGCCGUGGAAGACUUAACAUCGGAAGAACGGUGACCUAAACUUCAGCGAGAGCAGCGAAGAAGAAGACGGGUGGGAUUAUCGAGCGGCUUUAUACCCAGGGCUUUAUAGCGGAAUGACAUCUGUGAGCAGGGAAUAAGUCAGCACAGAAUUUUAUUGUCGGCGAAUUUCUGUAAUUAUCCAUCGUUUUCUAGUGAUAAGCUAGCCGUUGUUCACUCGUCUUGCUUGUUUGUGGCCGAGUCUUAUUCCGGUCAAAGAGAGAGAAAGAGUGUCUGGCAAGGUUUCCAAUCAAAGAUUUGUAAACUCGUGUCUGGCAAACUCUCCAAGUGUUUAUACAGUGUAUACACACGGUUGUACGCACCUUAUAACUUCAUCUUCCAGUCCGGGCCACAACCAGAUCUGGAUAUAUGAUGACGUCACCCACAUUUACAAAAUGGCGCCCACGCCGAGAAACACGAGGGAAGGUCACUUCCUGGCUCUUUGCUUCGCCUAGAAGUGUCCUUUCCCCAUACUACUUUGAGAGCUGUGACUUUAGACAAUGAGAAAUCAGGGGUAUGAAGAAAAAAUGCCGUCCGAUGAACGGUUGUGCGUUCUUGGGAGGUAAAACGACAGAACACUCAAAGAAAUGCCCGACAAGGAGCAAAACAUGGAAAAAAAGAAGGUGAGUGUCAUUUUUUGGACCUUUGGAAAAAAUUUUUUUGAAAUCUACAUAAGAUUUGCUUGUUGAUAGUGGUCUGUUUGGUGUAGUGCAAAGCAGUUUCACAUAGUGCUGUGCUUUUAAAGAUACAACAGUCAGUUGUGCAGUUAACGUGCGGGUUUUUGUAACGCCAUGUUUAUUUUAUGUUAUUUUGCAGUCGGAUGGAAAAGCACCUUGGUUUUUUGGAAAGAAGAUGCCGUUUGUGUGGGAAAACUUUCUCUAAAGUCCAAACUGUCCAGAAUUGCGACAAAAGAGCGUUUGGAAGGGAACUUUUGAACUUCUUUGGCGUAGAUAUUGGGCUGGACUCCAGAGAAAUGCAUCCACAGAAAGUGUGUUCCGCUUGUAGGAGAGUCGUUUAUCAUUUAAAUUCGGGUAACUUGGACCCCGAAACCUCUGAAGGGAGAAAGCAAGGAAUAAAACUGUUUCUGUGGAAGGAACACUCCUCAAACUGCUAUUGCCUGCAGAAACUCAAGGGAAGGCCUUCAAAGAAGGAAUUAUGCGAUAAUGCACACCAGUGCAAUUUUCGAUUACUGAAUUAAAAUGUCAAUGCUGACAAUAUAAUAAGAGCAUCAUCCCUGAAUAAGCCUUUCAUUUCAAUGAAAUAAAUGUACACAGAUUGAGGUACAUAAAAAAAUGCCUGUAUUUUCGAUGGCUCAUAUAAUUUUUUAAUUUAUUAUUUAUUUGUUGGUUUACUUUGCCUUAGGUUAUGACAUGCAAGGUGGAAAAUGUGAAGAAUGGCUGAAAAUACACUUUAAACAGGACACCAAAUGAUCGAUCUUACAAAACUAUUCCAUAUUUCAUAAUUACAGUCAAACGUCAUUGAUAUGGACACUGAAGGGGCCAUAGGAAGUGUCUAUAUAAUGGAGGUGUCCAUAUCAAGCAGGUCCUGUUAUAAAAGUCAAAAAUACACUUUUUUAUCGAAAUACUACAGCAUCACACCUAACGUCUUUAAACAUCACUAAGCUCUUAUUCUGCAGACUCUGUCCAUGAAAACACACGGAAGUCUCGAGAAAAUCGAUAAAAAAUUAUGUAACAUUUACCAACUUGAUUGAUGUCAAAAUGGUCUAUUAUUGUUGUGCACAAUUAAUUCAUUUUGGUGUACUAUGAUGCUGGGAACAUGGACAUGACGUCAAUUAAGUGAAACGUUUUUUUACCCUACAAAAAAAGAGAUUGACUACAGCACACAAUGGACUAUAAAGUGUGCGGAUUAGCGAGGUUGACUUUAUAUGAGAAUCUGUUCAUUGAGGAAGAAAAAAACGUCCAUUACCCACUUUAACAGGUCAGUCUGUAUUAAGUGGGCUGAAUAAAGAGAAAAGUUAAGGGUUUUCCCCAGUGACCAAGGAAACUUCCCAUAAUAACAGGGAGUCCACAUUAAGCUGG